UACAGUGUUUUGUGCGAAGCCUUCUCUCAGACCUAACCCGUCACCGCUCCAGCCCACCCCACCGACAUCCUUUAUUUACCACCUCAUAAACUAGGAAUAGUCCCCUCAACACAUAGACACGCACCCACCUCAGGGAACUCCGUUCAACCUGAAUGACGUCUAAUCCUAAACCAAUAAAGAAUGCUAAUCCACAGGGGGCCAGAUAGACAAACUGCCCCCUAAUCUGGAGAGAACAGCCUGAGUGGCCGCAGUGUUGAGGCCCUGAAGACAAACCUCCUUCACAGGGCAUUUGCAUUUACCACAACCUGGAGGUCAGUGUUCUCUUCCGGACGUCCCCAUUCUGCCCGGGACAGGGUGCUCAGCCCCAAUACAGUGGCAGUCCAAUGGGCUGAGGACAGAAGCAACUGCUGCUCUCAUCUGCCUUCCAUCUGGUGGACCUAACCCUAAUCCCUGGGACAAGGAUGGUGGGUGCCAAGGCCGGCCCCAGCCCCGGCACCUCCCUGGGCCUGGCACAACAGCACAGCGGAGGCAGCAGUGUCCUAGUGAAAAGUCCCUUCCGUCAGGUGUGCUGCUGUGGGCCUGCUCCUUGUGCCAGCUGCUGCCACUCUAGGUGGCCCUCUCUCACCGCAUCCACUUGCAGCCGCCUGUUCUACAUCCUCCUCCAUGUGGGGGCCUCAGCAAUCUGCUGCCUCCUGCUGUCAAGGACAGUAGUGGAAAGGGUGUGGGGCAAGACACACAGGAUCCAGAUGCCCUCGGGAUUGUGUGCCCACCUGUUUGGCCUCUCUGACUGUCCAGUGCUCAGUGGCUCUGGGGCUGUGUACCGAGUAUGUGCAGGAACCGCCACCUUCCACCUGCUGCAGGCUGUGUUGCUGGUCCACCUCCACUCCCCCACCAGCCCACGGGCACAGCUGCAUAAUAGCUUCUGGCUCCUCAAGCUGCUGUUCCUGUUAGGUCUCUAUGCUCUUGCCUUCUGCAUUCCUGAUGAGCAUCUCUUCCCAGCAUGGCAUUACAUUGGCAUCUGUGGAGGCUUUGCAUUCAUCCUACUGCAGUUGGUGCUUAUUACAGCUUUUGCCCAUUCCUGGAACAAGAACUGGCAGACAGGUGCAGCUCAAGACUGCAGCUGGUUCCUGGCUGUCCUGCUGGCCACCCUAGGAUUCUACAGCAUGGCAGGUGUGGGAGCUGUGCUCCUAUUCCGCUACUAUACACACCCAGCUGGCUGCCUGCUUAACAAGAUGCUCCUCAGUCUGCACCUUUGCUUCUGUGGCCUCAUCUCCUUCCUCUCCAUCGCUCCUUGCAUCCGCCUCAAGCAACCCCGCUCUGGCCUUCUACAAGCUUCUGUCAUCAGCUGCUAUAUCAUGUAUCUGACUUUCUCUGCGCUGUCCAGCCGUCCUCCAGAGAGAGUAAUCCUUCAAGGACAGAAUCACACCCUGUGCCUGCCUGGCCUGAGUAAAAUGGAACCCCAAACACCAGAUCUCUCUCUAGCAAUGCUGAGUGCUAGCAUCAUGUAUGCUUGUGUGCUUUUUGCUUGCAAUGAGGCCUCCUACCUGGCUGAGGUAUUUGGACCCUUGUGGAUUGUCAAGGUUUACAGCUAUGAGUUUCAGAAGCCCUCACUGUGUUUCUGCUGCCCUGCAACAGUGGAGGCAGACGAAGGGCAACGGGGUGGGGCUGCUAGGCCAGCUGACCAAGAGACCCCUCCAGCUCCUCCAGUCCAAGUCCAGCAUCUUUCCUACAACUAUUCUGCCUUCCACUUCGUCUUCUUCCUUGCCUCACUCUAUGUCAUGGUUACCCUUACCAACUGGUUCAGCUAUGAGGGAGCAGAACUGGAAAAGACCUUCAUCAAGGGUAGCUGGGCCACCUUCUGGGUCAAGGUUGCCUCAUGCUGGGCCUGCGUACUCCUCUAUCUGGGGCUGUUACUGGCACCACUCUGUCGGCCCCCCACCCAGAAACCCCAGCCCCUUAUCUUGAGGCGCCGCCGCCACCGCAUCAUAUCCCCAGAUAACAAAUAUCCUCCAGUCUAA